AAUCCAGCCUUCUGCGACACCAGUGUGUGUUUUGGGGGUGGACAGUGUGGCUUAGCUUCCAGAACACCACCAGACACCAACAGGAGAGGGACGCCGUCAGUUGUCCGCUUUGUGUGUCUCUGUAGUGAAGCCAGACCUCUCUCUGAUCCCACACACACACGCACUCCUCCAUCUGUUGCCCAGAACUUCUGCCUUCUACUUCCUUCGCUCUGAUGGACCCACAGACCUAAUUCCUGGAUUCCAGCAGCGAUGUGGAAAAUGUGGGAUUAAACUUUCUGAAGCAAUGGAUUGGAGCCUGGAGGCAGGAAAGCCAAACUGUUUGAGUGAAUGACUUGAAGACCCAAGAGAAAACUUUUACCCAAUCUCUAUUUCUGUGUCUGGACUCUGUCCUCAACUCUGUGACGAUACUUGAGCGUGUGCAGUCCAUGGUGGUGGUGAACAAUGUGGUUCUGACUGAACUCGGUGCACUGAUGCCUGCUGCUAUGCUCCCAUGUCCUUCGCCAGCCGGGUCGGACUGGAGCUUCCAGAACCCAGUGGGGGUGGACUGCAGCUCCCCGGAGCCUCGCUGCAUUUGGUUGGCCGUUCUCCACAGAACCAGGAGUCCAACACCCGUCACCGUGCCGACUUCGCACAACCAAAACUCAUGUCAGCUCAGGGUAAGGAGAGGUCAUCCAUCUUUAUCAGCACAGAGAUUAAGCCUGGCUAAGGGGCAGAGGGAUGGUCACUCCUCAGCAGGUGACAACCCUCGGCCACCAAUUGCGACCCGGCCGGGAAGGGAGGGGGUUGGCGUGGGCUGGAAGGGUCCCUGGACCCUGGUCCUCCAUAAGAACUCCCAGGGUUUUGGUUUCACGUUACGCCAUUUCAUUGUUUACCCUCCAGAGUCUGCUCUGCACACAAACCUCAAGGAUGAGGAGAACGGCAACGGGAAGGGGUUUCAGAAAGUACGACUGGAGCCGAUGGACACCAUAUUUGUAAAGAAUGUGAGAGAAAAGGGUCCAGCCCACAAGGCGGGUUUGUGCACAGGGGAUCGAUUGGUGAAGGUGAACGGAGAGAGCGUUCUUGGAAAGACGUACUCGCAGGUGAUCACCCUCAUCCAGAACAGCGAGAGUGUGUUGGAGCUCUCCAUUAUGCCAAAAGAUGAAGAUGUUCUUCAGCUGGCAUAUUCCCAAAAUGCUUACUUGACCGGGAACGAAGGCUUUGCCGGGGGAGCUAAGAACCUCCCGCAACCACCUCCCUUCUGUUACCCUCGUACCAGGACCGCCCCCCAUCCUGGAGCCCCGCUUUGCUCCCCCAUGGGCCAGAACCACCUGGAUAGCAGGAGCUGCUGGCCAGGGUUUUCAAGCCCUUCGUCGCCCUUAGAUAACAGACCCGGUGUUGCCAGCCCAGCCAGCUGGCAGGAGGGGCAGGCAGGUGAGCCAGGUGAAGUGGGUCAAAGCAGUCCAGCGCGCCACACAGAGGAGAGCCAGUACGUUAUGACCAGCCAGCAGCCUCAGGGUCAGACCAGGAGGUGCUCCUACUCUUCGUCUUUCUCAUCUGGAGGUCUUCUGUUCAGCCCUUUGCAAGUCCACCAUCCCAACCACCAGAGUGGUGGGUCCUCCCAAGCACAGCCAUGCAAGUCCAGCUCAACCUGGACCAGUCCAGCUAUGCCCCCUGUACGCCAUAGAUGCAAUGAACGCUGCCACCAGGCCCUCUUUGACUGGUACUACAGCCAGCUACCUGAGCACUCAGGACGCAGCAUGCAAACCCGCCACCGCAGCUACUCUCAAGACCGGCUCAGUGAGUACAGGAGGCAAAAGCAGAGAGCAGGUGACUGGCCACACAGCGCCUCAAAGGACACGCUGUUCUUACUACAGCAGUCAGGACAAGGACCUCAGGGUGAGCCCUAUUGGUCCACCGGAGACUGGGAAGCAGGACACAAUAGGGGCCGCUCUGAUUAUACUCGAACACGCUCUGAAAAUCUGCUUGCCCAGUACAAUUGCCAUGGCCGCUCAUUGGAGAUGUUGGAUCGAGCAUCAGCAGAACUGGUCUCACCUCGGUCUGAGAGGCAGCCGUGGCCCCAACAGGCUUCCCAGCCACCCCGCAGGACUGACGCCUACCCAAGAACAAGGUGCCACACCAUCGUAGCAUCAACUCCAGUGCCUCGACCGUCACAGUCUAAACACCACCCCCAAACCAACAACCAGGCCCACUCUCAGCCACAUCAACGGCCCACCCUACAGAGCAGGUGGCUUCCUGCUGGACAGAGCAUGGACGAGCAGCAGGUGGGCUACCGCAGCUACAGCCCGUCUUUUUACCGCAAGACGAGCCGCAUCCUGCAGCAAGCUCACUCUUUUAGGGACCCGUCUUACUCCGGUCCCCAUUUGAACUGGAACCCAGUCCCUAAAAGUGGUCCCCCAGAGGGAUCAUCAGCACCCCUGUUUGCUUCUGCCUCAACUGCCCUCACCUCUGUCUCCCCAGAAUCCCAAGACAGGGUGUACAGGUCAACAAACCAUGAGAGGGAACAAGGGGCAGUGGACGAACCGGCAGAGAUGGCAGCGCAAACACAGGAGGUGGUACUGAGGCAGAAACCCCCGACUGGGCGGAGGAACGUCAACAGACAUCCCCACUAUGGCAUAACUAUGGACGAACUAGAACCCGCUUUGUUUACUCCUGAUCCCAAAGACACAAAUGCUCACCCUGGGUCUGUUGAAGAGUUAGCCCCUCGUAAAGCAAAUGGCAACCUUGCCCCCCUUUCUUUAGAGGAUGACUCUCUGGCCUCUAUCCCAUUCAUAGACGAGCCAACCAGCCCCGGUGCUGAUUUGCGUGCCCGCCACGUGCCGGCCUCCUCCGUUGUGUCCAGCGGCAUGAGUUCAGCGCCCCCUGCGGGCACCAGCCCCGCCUCCCCCACCUUCACCUUCCCCCCUACUAGGCUCUUCUCACACAACUGCACCAUCACCACGGAACGCUCCAAGUCAUGCGAUGAAGGACUCAACACAUUCAGGGAGGAACGUUCCUUAAGGCAACCAAAAAGAGUUAAGAGUUUCUUCGGAGAUGGGUUGCUGGACACCAUUGGGACAGUCGAGGAGGUUCGCUCCAAACGUCACUCCACCUCAGAGCUGGGAAACAUUACUUACAGCGACAUACGACGGGAAGGAUGGCUGCAGUUUAAACAAAUCCUCACAGAGAAGGGAAAGAAAGUCGGUAGUGGGUUACGGCCGUGGAAGAGAGUCUAUUCCAUUCUCCGCUCCCAUUCGCUGUUCCUCUACAAAGACAAGAGGGAGGCGGUACUCCGCGGGGCCUCAAUUGGAGGCGCGGCUGAGGACGAGCUGCCCAUCAACAUCCGGGGCUGCCUGGUGGACAUUGCAUACAGCGAGACCAAGCGAAAGCAUGCCCUGCGGCUGACCACCCAGGACUUUUGUGAGUACCUGCUGCAGGCGGAGGACAGGGAGGACAUGCUGAACUGGAUAAAGGUCAUCAGAGAGAGCAACAAGACGGACAACGAGGAGCUUGGAUUCUCCAGACAGGCUCUCAUCAGUAAGAAGCUAAAUGACUACAGAAAACAAAGUCCAACAUCAAGUAAGCCAGAUUCAUCUCCCCGGAUGCAACGCAUGAUGUCUCCGUUCCUGCUCAAUAAGACGGAAAACACAGCUGGAGCGCCCCGCUCCCCAAAACAAGAUGGCAAAGAUGAGAGCAGCCCUCCAAAGUCUCCGUGGGGAAUUAACAUCAUGAAGAAGUCAAAGAAAGCUGGGCCCAAAGCUUUUGGUGUGAGGCUGGAGGAAUGUCAGCCUGGUACAAACAACAAGUUUAUCCCAAUGAUCGUUGAGUUCUGCUGCGGUUUGGUGGAGGAGAUGGGCCUGGAAUACACCGGAAUAUACCGAGUUCCAGGGAAUAACGCCAUCGUCUUGCAGCUUCAGGAACAGCUCAACAAGGGUAUGGACAUCAACCCUGCAGAAGAGAAGUGGCAGGACCUCAACGUUGUCAGCAGUUUACUCAAAUCCUUCUUCAGGAAGCUUCCAGAGCCUCUGUUUACCAAUGACAAGUACAACGACUUUAUCAAUGCCAAUCGGAUGGAGAAUGCAUCGGAGCGACUGAAGACCAUGAAGAAAAUGAUCCGAGACCUUCCUGAUCAUUAUUACCACACACUGAAAUUCCUCAUUAGCCACUUGAAGACGGUUGCAGACCACUCCGAUAAAAACAAGAUGGAGCCUCGUAAUUUGGCUCUGGUGUUUGGGCCGACCCUGGUUCGAACCUCUGAGGACAACAUGAAAGACAUGGUCACCCACAUGCCCGACCGCUACAAGAUCGUUGAGACGCUCAUCCAACAUUGCAUCUGGUUUUUCACAGAUGAGCUCGAUAAGGAUGAGAAGACCCCGGUGGACACCGAGGACGUCCAGCCUGCCCCCAACAUUGACCACCUUCUGUCCAACAUCGGCAGGACUGCUCUGCUCGGGGAGGCUUCAGACUCAACCAACAGUGACUCGGCUAAAUCAAAGGGGUCAUGGGGUUCAAAGAAAGACCUUACCGCCAAGGACUUCCUCGCUCUGUCCAUCAUGUCCGCCGUUACAGGCCGCAAGCGAAGGAAGCGCCACCUCGCCCGCCGUGUUGGCAGCAGCACCGAUGAUGACUCAGAGCACGAACCGUUCAAAGCGGGGCACAUUGGGAUGGAGGAGGAGGAGCAGGCAGGGAACCCAGUGGCGGAAACUGCUCUUCGAGCUGAGGGAGAGGAGGAAGAGGACGAUGAUGAUGAGGAAGUUGUAGAAGGUGGAGGGAAAGAGGAGGCAGAAGAGGAGGUAGUCGUGGUUGUUUCCAGUCGGCCGUGCUUUAAAGAGGAAGAGGGUGGAGGAAGGCAGACAGCUAUUUUGUUGCAGGAAGAGGCAGUGCAGCCUGAGGUGAAGGGGCAGCCGUGGAGAGCACCGGAUGAUGCUCACUCUAUUGUCUCUGGUUACUCCACCCUUUCCACCUUAGGGCGGAGCUUAGGGUCAGAGGGCAGGGGCGACGAUGCCGAUGAUGAGCCCAGCGAGCUGGUGAGCGAGACGGACAAUGAGAGCGGCUUCGCCUCACGCUCUCUUACCCAGGAGAGACCCAGUAAACACUCGACAACACCUGCAAACCCGCAACCGCCAACGCCUCGCAGCUUCCUCUACUCACAGUGCAAACCCCCUGUCCUCUCACCCGCAAACCUCCUCCAGGCCACUCCCAUCACUCACACAACUGACUCUGCAGAGAGGAAUGAAGAAGGAGCUCGCUCUAACACGCCCUCUUCUUCCUCCUCCUCCACCGCUCACAGACUGCACUCGCGGCCCUCCUUUAACUCCCACAAGUUGAUUCAGUGCGACACUCUGGCCAGAAAGAAACUAAAGUCGGAGAAGACCAAGGCCUGCUCCCUGGACUUGCUGGAGUCUCAGGGUGAGGGGACCGGCUCUGUGUCCGAAAGUGCACCAAGACCAAGGAGAGACACCUCCAAAAUCAACCCUUCCUCAGGCAGCAGCCAGGAAAGCCUGCGACAAUCCCGGUCCAGAUCCGCCUUGCCGCCCAACGAAGCCGCCUCCUUCACCCCAACCGCCCCGGGCGGCAGGUCUUUAGCUGAACAUGUCCGGGCUCGACUGCUGGGCUCUGCCGACGACCUGCGCAGUGUGGGGCUGCGAAAACCCCCGUCGCCUGAGACACGAAGGAAGAAACGAGCGUGGCGAAGACACACCGUAGUGGCUUCACCCACCAAAACAUCCGAAAAGAGACCCCCGCUGACCGUCAAUGAGUUCCCUCUGUCCCCCAUGAACCAAAACCAGGUGAAAACUCAGGGGCUAACUCAAGGAGCAGAUAACCUGGACCAAGAACCAGUUACAUGCCAAGUCCCCACCUCCAGAUUCCACCAGUACCUGUGAGAACUUCCAGGGCUAAGCAGGUCCAACACAUUCAGUUCUUUCCUUUUAGCCUCCAUUUGUAUGGCAAGUGGCAUUUCUGGUGUUGCAAAAGCUUUAGGGGUUUUUGUUUGCUUUUUAAAAAACAAAAUCACUCAAAAAUAGUGCUAAGACAUAAACCGAACUCACCUUUAUCUGUGUUAUCUCCAAAAAUAUCCAAUUUAGUAAAAAUAGAAAUCCCUUUCUUCCCGACUGGUCGGAUAGAUGAAAGAUCCUUUCGGGUGAUCAGAGGAGGGCGCUGUCCUGCAGCUUUGCUCUGGUUGAGAAACAUGGUGCUUUUAGUUGAUGUAGUUUAAUGGUAAAUUUUACAAAAUAUUAUCAGACACGGAGUUAGAAAACUGUUUCAGGAGUAAAGUCAACUGAUUUCUUUCUUUUUUGGUAUCAGUCUUCCUGACCACGCUCACUGUAAAACUUCAGCUUUUAGUCCAACCGGUAGGCGUUUUCCAACACAUGGAUACUGAUGUCUGUCUCUACCUGUUAAUAAUGUUUAUAAGUGUUUGCGCAGAAAUGAUCACGUUUUGUAGCAUUUUGUACAAAGCCUUGUUAAGUUAACCUUUGUAAAUAUAAAUAUGUUUGUUUUCACCUGUAAUUUUUAGUUAUUUUUAUAUGGUUUACAAAACAUGCACAGAGUGCAGUCAUUUCCUUCAAGAAGUUACUUGAAAUGUUUCCCUUAAUAUAUUAUUUUUUUGUUUAUAUUCAAUAUAUAUUAUAUAUUUUGUAUUAAA